AUGAUGAUGCAGACGUUCAUGAUUAGAUUUGAGCAUUGCCUGCCAUGAUUGUCGAGGGUUAGGUUGGGUGAUCGUGUGAUGUGCGACUACACUAUAGUUGAAGUUUAUGGACGUCGUGGCCGAACAACGCUUCUACAGAACAAGACAGAUUCUCUAAAUGCAUUAUCCAAAAAUUCUGUCUACUGACAAAAAAGAGAUUAGUCAGUGAGUAUUUGUAAAUGAAAUGUAAAUGCGAAAACGCCGAAUGUCUUGGAAUCAUGCCGUUUACGAAAGAAGAAAGAGCAAAAUUGAAAGCCGAACGGUUUCGUGCUGAAGUUGGACUAGGCCUAGCUGAUGGGAACAAUUCCACCGCAGAAAAUGUAAAACAAGAAGCAGAUGGGAGCCCUGAGGAAAACUCUGCCGGUAGUUUGACACCAUGUUGUGUGCCAUUUGGUUGUACCGUUGCCAAAAUGGUUAAUAUACUGGACCCAGAUGAUGUGGAGAAGGUUGUUUGUAACAACGCUGAUUGUAUGCGCGGUGAGUACAUGCAUAAAUCAUGCUUUCUUACUUGGGAAGAAGAGGUUCUAACUUACUUACGAUCAUCUGGACGAGCCCGUAGCUGGUCUGAAAAACAAAGACGUCAGAAUUUGUGGACAAAAAAGGGAUACGACUUGGCAUGGAAAGCAUGUUCUUGCCAGUGUGGAAAAGGACAUUUACGAAAAGAUCUUGACUGGAUUCCACCCAAACGUGUUGUUGCUGAAAGUGGAGAGGGCAACCUUCGUAGACAGCGGAGACGUAAGAAAUCCAGUGACAAACCCAGCAUUGGCAAAGCCACCACCCUCCCAGCUACCAACCCUCAUUCAGGAGGUGGGCAUGGCCGUCACCGACAUGCGUCAGCAUCUUCCAAUGAAAACCACACUCCACCACACAGCCCAGUUGUGAAAACAGACUUCUCCGUUUCUUCACCCAGUCAGUCUCCCUACACUUGCAUGAAUUCAUUGUCAUCAAGCAUCCAUCAACAGGGAACACUUGGAAAUGUAAACCAUCAACAGCAUGUUAGGUGCAAGCGCCACUCUGAGGGAAACAAGCCUGAUUCUUUUGAAUGGCCACCUCCAAGACAAUGUAAUACUUGCUCAGAGGGAGGUGAUGGCUUAAAAAAUAUCAGUCUUAAUUCUUCAAGUGGAGGGCUUGGUCUGUUACCAGGACAACAUCAUUCUCAGUCCCAUGAAAGUAUUGGGCAAGAUAAAGGUAAUGAUCAGGUAGGACAAGACAGCAAUAGCCCUUACCUUAUUCAAACUGAAAACAAAGGACAGAGGAAGAUCGGUGCAGGUUAUACGAUGCCAUUUAUACAUCGUGUGGAUCUAUCAGUUUUUGUCAAGCUGUUACCACCACAAAAAUGCAACCCCUACCACAUAAGGAUGGAUAAUGAACAGGGCCCAGAUGACGAUGAAGUUAGAGUGUUUGUAUACAGUGCGUUGGCCUCACAUGGUGUUGCAUCCAUGAUCUGCUCCAUGUGUCAAAACCACCUGCCAGUCUUUGAUUGCUACCCUCUAAUUGAUGGUACAUUUUAUUUGACACCUCUCAACCACAGUGACUUGAACUUACGUUUGAUAGUGAAUGGCCGUGUUCAGUACCUUGGUGCAGUGUGCAUGCAGUGUCUUGAAGGAGUCAAGCAUAUUGUUUGUCGCAUCUGUCAUUCCCGUUGGGAUGGGAGUCACCACCAACUCGGCACAGUGUACUCCUAUGACAUUUUUGCUGCUUCACCGUGUUGUGUAGGGCGUGUAAGCUGCAAAAAGUGUGGAAAGCCAGUGACAGACCCCAGUCGUGGCACUCACUUCUUCAGUGAAUACUCUCAGAAUAUACCAUGCCCACAUUGUGGUAUUCCAGAUUUUCAUUUUGUAAAGCCACUAAGUAGUUAUGAAGUUCUUUGUCAGGAGAUAGACACUUGUUGAUCUUCUGAAUUUAUCUUCUGAAAUUUUCUCUCGGAAGAAAUCUAUAAUUGGCCACAUAAAAUGUAAUCCAACUCAAGUAAAAAAAAAUGCAUGGCUGAGCUUUGUUGUCUCUUGUUAACAUUCAAACAGUGUUUACUUUAACACAUUACACACUAAGCAGUGGUCAUUAUUUUUGUCGUCACAGGUGUUGAAAGUGUAUUGUAGAUGUACAUGCGUACAUUAUGAUGUUUGUCAGAUGAACACAGUGAUGGAAUUAAAUCAGUGCUGCUGAUCUGCAUGUGCAUCUCGAUUUUCUAUUGUUGAAAAUUUGGAACUUGUCAGUUUCUUUUCAUUGCUGCUAUACAUGUAUCAUAAGAACUUGCUACAUAAUGCUGUGAAUUGAUUUGUACCUAUGUAAAUGUAGAUCUGAAAAAUGGUUGGGCUUAGACUUGGAAAAAUCAUUGUCAACUGUCUAACGUUUAGUUUCAAUGUCAGUAAGUGCUUGACAUUCAUAGUUUUAUUUGAGUCUGAUGAAUUUCAGCAUGAAAUAAUAUAUUCACUGUAAUACCAUUUGCAUUAAGAGAAAUUACUGAAAAAAUUGUAUCCAGUUUGAAAUACAUUGUACAUUUUUGGUCACACAUCAUCACUUGCCAGAGUUUCGUGGCUGCCCUCAAUUUAAAGAAAGAAAAAAAAAUUCCUUAUGUUUUCUUUUCUCAUAAAGAUGUGUUUUUUCCAUUCCAUUAAUUAUUUAUGGCUUAUACCACAGGCCACUGGUCCCCACUUGAAAAUUGUUCCGCUGCCAGUGGUGAUGCAUGCCUAUAGUGCACUUUACAUGUAGCUGUCGUGGCUCUGGACAUUACAGUUGAACCUCAUUAAUAAAAGGUGCUGCGGACUGUGCAGAUUAUAAAGAACAAAGGAUUUGAACCAAAUCAUUUCUGAUUAUUGACCACUUGAUGCUGGAUGAACACAUAAACACACCCAAAUUUCCCUAUUUGUUUCACAGAAGAUGUGCACGCUUGUCUAAGAAUUUUUUUUUAUUUCUUGGUUGAAGUAUUCAUGCAGUGUGUUAGUUACAUCAAAGUGCUGACACUGCUACUUAGUGGACCCCCUCCCCCAAACUAAUGUCAGUAAAACUGAAAUGCCUUUCUUCAGUAAUUAGAAUUGAAUUUGGGAGCCCACACCAUGCACAGAAAGCUGAGGGGAUUAUAGACCUCCUUUGUUUGGGUAAGCCUAUUUGCUAAGGAGCAAAGCCACACUUAAAUGAGAUAAGGUUACAAAAUCCCAACUGGCAGCUCCUUUGUAUUGAAAUAAUUGGUAAAAAACACACAUGGCCACAGGUGAUUCCUAUGUGCAAUGGACCUUUGUUUAUGAACUGGUUGACGUCUGGACACGUGCCCCAACUUUUACCAUGGCAGUUGAAAAAACAGGAAAACCAAUGAAAAUACUUAUGCUUAAACUCGAGCUGUGCCUUCCAACAUACUUUAUGGGUGUAAUGGAUAAAUUGUAGAGUUGAAGAAUUUGCUGGGAAAAAGCCCAGCCCCAGCAGCUUUUUUACUUAACAAAAUCCAACCUUUAACUGAUUGAGGUUUGACUGUGUGUAAUGCUGUAAUACUAGCAUAAUAUUUUAUGCGACAUACAUGUACAUGUAUUUACGAGGUUGCGGCCCCAAGUUCACUUUGGAUGGGGAUAAGUCCAAUUUGUACCAAUAAAAUAUAAAUUCCCCUUUGACCAGUUUUGUUCUACUCCAAAAGACAUGACCCUUAAAAUCAAUUUUGAAUGGCCUCGUACAUGGGAUAAAGUGUAAUUUUUCAUGAUUUUCUACAUUAGGAGUGUGUUACUUAAUGGCCUACAUAUUGCAUGUUUUGGUUGGUUGAUUUAUUUCCUCAUAUCACAAUAAGAAUAUAGUGAAGCACAGUUAAUUACAGAAUGAGUAGGUGUCUCUCAAUCACGUCACCUAUAGGUUGCCAUGAGCAUUGUCAGUUUUUACUCCAUUUUUUGUGAUGUGCUUUGGUUGCGUUGUAUUUUAAAGAUACUUGGAUCAGCAUGUGUAAUUUUAGAACAUUUUGCACACCGCAUGCAAACGCACCUGUUGGCGGCGUUGAUGUAGUUGCAGUUUACCUACAAAGAUGGCAUCUAACGAGAGAGGUCAAUAAGGGGUGAUGAAUGGCGGAUACCAGGCAGAAAGCAAAUACUUGUACAUUGCCUGGUUCUUUAAUUGUAUUCCAAUAGUAUCCAUGUGGGAAUAUAUUACAAGGUAGAGAAGUGAGGGAGGAGAGAGUAAAAAAGUAAAAUGCUUGUGUAGUAAACAUGUAUGGUUAACUUACAUAAUGUACGUGUUCAGUAAUGAAUGCUCUGUUAUUGCAUACAUGUAUAUGUACACAUGAACAACAGUAUCCAUAUACAUUAACUUAUGGGUAUACUUGUUUGUGCUAAAGUCCUAAAUUCUCUUGAUUUUUUAACGUUGACAACACAAGAACAAUGUGUUGUAUUAUUGUUCCAUUGGUUGAAGUAUACAUCUACUUGUGCAUACACAGAAUUAUUGUGUACGUGUACACACAUACAAAAUUAUUGCAAGUAAAGGUUAUUGACUGGCUAAGAAUUUCUUUUGUAAACUGUUUUACUGAAGAGGGUGCCUUUCUUGGUUUGUUGUAGCACUUACUUUGAAAGCUACUGAAAUUCUGAAACGAUGAAUGGUUCAUUGACAAAUUUAAAGACGUGACAGAAUAUCCUUUAGAGUUUUAUUGUGUACCAGACGUAAAUUUAUGUUGUGCUGUUUUUGUUCGAUUAAUUACUAAAAUUUAUCAGUGCUCAUACUUAUUUUUGCAGAAUAGUCCGAAAUGCGUAAUUACUUUAUGGUAUUAUUCAACAAAACAUCAGAAGAUUAUUGACUGUUACUUUGUUGUAAAAGUGGCUGCAGUGCAGUUUGCUGUGCUCCAUUUAAAAAUUGGAUGACAUCUGAUCAGUUGCUUGAUGCUGUACUUGUAGGCUGAUGAUGUGUAGAUGUACACUGUACAUGUACCUGCUGCGUAUGGCUCUGAACUGCUAUAUACAUGUAGCUCCGAAGGAAGGCGAAACCAAAGUUACAGACCAAAAAUCUUGCUCAACAUGUAACUUGCACAAUAUACGGAUUUGGUGUCAUCUCAAAAUACUUUAGUGCAUGUAAAUACGUAUACAUCCAGUGGGUGCAAAAUUGAAUGGCCAUGGACAUGAAAGAUUGUCACAAGAAAAAAUAAUCAGACUUUUAUUAUGAAAAUAUAAGGGGGGUACCCGCUGUCCAAGUACAUUUUUAAUAAAAUCUUUUCUCCAGUUUUGAGGCUCACUAUUUAGAUUCACAUCAGAAGAUAGGUUUAAAGAUCAAUCACAUUUGUAAUUCACAAUUCACCUUUUAUGAAAUUUAGUUGUAUUUAAAUUAUGUACAAACUGAAUAAAGAUUGCUACUGAUGUCAAAAGCAGGAGUUGAAGUCUUCCAUAUCAAGCAAACUGAAAACAAAGUUGUUGGGAGCAUCCUGUAGAAGCCUGUUCAGAUGUCACACUACAGCUUUGCAAUUAUACAACUUCCAUUAUGGGGCGAAGCGCCCGUGUGUGAGUGCUGUGCUUGCUUGCACAUAACUGAACUAAAAGAGGUCAGACAGUGAGAGUAACUUGAAAUUGCUUUUCCUUUGGCAGUGUUGAUCAACAAUAGAUUGUAUGAUAAAGUUCAACUACCCCAAUUUGAACUGGAGUGAGGUCCUGAUGAAUUUUAGGCAGAUGCCUGCAGUCAUUUGCCGAGAAUGACAUCUCACAAGAGCCGUUUUAUGACAUCAAAUUGCUAGAUUUGUUUGCUACCCUCAUCAACACUUUUUUUAUUCUGAGCAUUCUUGUGGUGGAACUGAACUCCCCAAAUGAAAAGUUUUUAUAAAUACGAAGAGAAGCUGCCACGUUAGUUUCGAUGGUAACAAUGACUGAUUCCUUGUUAAAUAACCAUUUUAUGUCAAAGCAGUGUGAUUGAUCUUUAAAGUCCUGAACUUGAUUGCAAAAUAGAUUCGCAGAAUGAUAUCUUUGGCUAAUGUUAGUUACAAGUAUUUGCUACCACUGAUAAGUGUUGGUUACAAUGUUCAUUCAGCUCUUUUUGGCUUUUUUGAGAUUUGUUUUUUGAAAAUUAGCAAGUUACUUCGGGACACGGAUUAUCUUGAACCAUCAUGACCAAGUUUGCAGAGGUCAUCAGAUGAUGAUUAUGAUUUCUAGUGAAGACGAGGUGUGGACAGCACAUUGUGUAAUUGCCAACAAAACAUUUUGACACUAUUUAAAUAAUUUGAUAGGUCUUUAAAGGAAAAAAUAAAAACAAGUUAAAAAAUAAGGAGCUGUAGCUAUUUCAGAAAAAUACCAACAUUGGAAUUUAAAAACCCAAUGUUGGAGAUGCACGUGUAGAGUGGGAACUCUUGAGUGAAUGCAAUGCAUUAAGCAAACUGACACUGCUGUUGCAUCUUGUCAUUUUAUGAGGCGUUCCCGUAGGGUCCUGAAUCAUAGGAUGUGGUAGUAAAAGAAAUCAAGUGCAUGCAGGGAACACAAACUUUUACAAAGUGAUGGUCAUUAUCAUGAUGGUACAUGUAUUUGCCUCAUAAAAAACUAAUUGUACAAUUAAGAAAAUAAACUCAAAAGAUUGUCUGUCCUGGUUUUUUUUAAUAAUUGCUUUUCUCCUGCAGGUGUGGUGAGUUAACAGUGUACAGAUAGUAGUCAGAUUUUAAUCUGAGGUACUGUAUGUAGUAGUUAAAACUGCAUACUAUAGAUGCGUAUGCUAAAAAAUGGAAAUAUUAAUUGUAAGCACAGGUCAUUGCCCUUAACUUUCACAGAAUCUUGACUUCCAGGGAAGGGGGACUCUCAACAAAUUGGUAAUACACAAUAAACAACUUUAAAAACACUUGUUCCUUAAUUGCGGACAACUCACUUGAUAAAAUUCAUAGAUUUGUGGCUACAAAAACAUUAUGAAGACAAACACUUGACCCCAUGAUUUAGUUUGGACCUCUGAGGAAAAAAAUUGUCCUUACAAUGUGAUGGCCUUGGCACACAUACAACAUGCAGUACCCUUCAACUGCAUGUGCAAUGUACGUAUACAUGUAUGUAUGGACAAUUGUAAAUAAAUGUAGCUCUUGAAAAGAAA